GCAUGGAUCGUCGCUGUGGAUGGAUGUUAGGAUUAUAAGCGAAAUGUAGCAGAUUCUGGUGUGUUUUCUCAGUAUAUUUAGGAGAUGUCGGAUAAUAUCAUAGAGGAGUGGCUUCGGUCGCUAAACCUUAUUCACUACACGCAAGCGUUCUUGGAUAACGGUUACGAUGAUUUAGAAAUCUGUAAGCAAAUUGGGCAACCCGAUUUGGAUGCUAUCGGGGUCCAGAAACCUAGCCACAGAAAAGAGAUUCUGGACGCUGUCAGAAGUCUCAGGGAAUUAGGCGGGACUUCUGUUUAUUUCACCCUUGAAGAGGUGAAAGAUGAUGAACCAUUAGUGCUGCCAGAUGAUGGGGACUCUGACAGGAUUUACACGUUUUCUGCUGGGUCGCGUGCCAAGAAAAAACUGGACGAAUACGAAGAAGGGAAAAAGGCCCUUGUGACUUUUCCCAGGGUACAAUUAAUUGGCAUGAUAAGGGAUAAAUUACGAGCUGAAGAAAUUGACAUAGGGGUCCUACCCUACACUAACCCGGAUGGUUCACGGGGUGACAUGGACAUUCUGGCGCACAGAUAUGCCGAGGACUUUAAAACACACUUUCACGAUGUUCUUGAACGGUUAGACGAUUUACGUCGGAAAAAGAUAGGUUUAGAACCAGAGGACACAUACACUAAUGGUCGAUUCAUCAAUGACUAUGCCAACAGCAGCGGUGAACCCCCACCCCUUCCAAAGACCCACCCACCAUCUCUAAGUGGACUGGAUGGGUCACCUUUUCAUCGAAGGACCAGCCAAACCUUUGCCAACCCUGACGAUACGUCUUUAUACUACUCCGAAAACAUAUAUGGAGACACUAAUGGAAUGUGCUGUAUCAGUAAGGUCCAUCGUAGAUCAUCUAGAACUCACUGCCAAAAAGAAGAUGGAGAGAAAAAGAAGGGUGUGUCAACUCUCGCACGAUUAUUUGGGAAGAAAUCAAAGCAACAGAAGAGAGCCAACUACAUCUACCGUCAGUUCGAGGGGGACCCCCAUGCCAGCCAAAUUACCAUGACGAAUGAUCAGAUUCUGGAGAUCAUGCUUCUGGUAAAGGAUGGAAAGAUGUCGCAGGCCCAGGCCAUUGAACAGGUCAAGGUUCAUGGUGUCAAGAAGAUGGAAUCGACUGAGAAUGGUGACCAUUCACUGAAGGAUCUCGAUUCCAAAUCACCUGGAUUUCUGUGGUUCAAGCCGAAGGAUUCACCCAAACGUAAACCGAAGCAACAAUCAGAAGCACGGCUUCAGGAACCAACUGAUUAUGAAGAGCCGCCAACACCAGAUAAUGACACGGCGAGAUUAUUAGAUAGUCGACUUCAGCCGACGAGCCUCAUUCAAGAAGAACACAGGUUCCAAAGAUCGCAAUCAACGGAUGAACGAUUUCCACAACAGACUCCGCCUUUUCACAUAUUCAGAAAAAGUUCAACAGACUCUAACGUAUCAGCACCAGUUUUUGGGUGUCUACAAGAUAAAUAUAGUACACAGACUAGCGGGCAUUCAUGGGCGAGGGACACGUCAGCGCCAAAUAUUAGUGAUAGUAUAGCUUGUGGGAGUAGUCCUCGGUUGAGGAAAGAACGUUCAGACCUGGGCCCAACCUACGCGGCAGGGACAUAUAAACCUAGUCAAUUAGAGGAGGAUAUUGAGGAGAAUCAAAAUUACGAGGAUUUGGAUGACGAUAUGGCGACGAAUGGAAGACGGUUGAGUGUUAUUGAAAAAAUUAGGAAGCUGUCGCAUCCUCGGCGGCCGAGCGAAAGCCAGUGUAGUACCGACGAUGAGAUUCCGUCUGAUAAGGAGAAGCAUAUAUCAAAUACCAGCACAGAUUCAGAGAAGUCGUUGUCCAAAGGAAAGAAGGGGAUUGGUAUAUUUUAUAGGAAGAAGAAGACAGCUCGGACUCUGAGGACAAAUGAGCUUCAACUGAACUCUGAUGGCAGUGAGCGGUAUCCCACAGACUCUCAGAAGAGUAGUGACGACUCCCUGGCCCUUCGCAGCUCGGCUGAAAGUAUGGGCAGCACAAGCCAAGUUUCGUCGUCUAGCUUUGUGUCAGGUGGAAGUUCGACAGAGGAGGAUUCCGUGUUAUAUGCAGGUGCCAUUUUAGCAAAAGCAGUUGUUAUAACUAACUGUACACCCAGUCCGUAUGAGAGAGGGGCACUCACUCUGGAGAAAGGAGAUAUCGUCCAGAUUAUCGAUAUGGACCAGUCUGGUAUGUGGAAAGGAAUCCAUAGAAACAAGUUGGGGACAUUCAAAUUCAUCAAUGUUGAAAUUCUGAAAGAAGAUGAGCCAACCCCCAAGUCCCGAAUCUCAACCAUCAAGAGAUAUCGGCCUCAUAAGCCAAGACCAAAAACAUUAGAAGAACUGCUGAGACGAAUUGGACUUGAGAGACUCCAAGGCAUGUUCUUCCUAAACGGGUACUCCAACCUUGAAGACUUCAGUCAAAUAGAUGAAGAUACCCUGAAUGAUCUGCUGAUAACUGACCCGGAGACCAGGGGCAAAAUACUCACGGCGGCAGAGUUACUUCUCGACUAUGACAGUCAAGAUUCUAAUGACCAGAGCUCUGGGACCAGGAGUGACAGCAAAGCAACACCUACAGGGCUUUCUCCAUGCCACUCGCCUGUCAUGAUCCCAUCACCCGAGUUAUCGCCACGGACGGGGUCAGAUUCUGGCUGCGUUGAUACUGAGGGGUUGGAUGAAUCCCGGGAGACAGAUUCUAACAGCGACACUCUCAAGGUCAGCACAGAGAGCGGUGAUCUUUUGGAGACAAAUGUGGCAGAGCCAGACAAUGGUGGAGAGACACCAGUUGUCGAGAACUGUGAUAUACAACCUAUUGCGGAAAUAUCAUCCCGCAAUUCUCAAGUUGAAUGCGAGGCUGGGGAUGGCGUAGUCCUGCGGGAGAAUCAGAAGGAUGUUGAUACGCAGUGCCAAGGACAGAAUCAAAAACUUAACGUGAAACAAAUUGUGCAAUCUAUACAACAGAGACAAAGUGAAAUGGUAGGAAACGGAUAUAUAUCUACCUCUAGUUCAAGUUUAUCUAGCGAUGGGACUCAAAUGAGCCCAAAAUUAAGAUGUGCCGUUGAGACAAAUUGUCAGUCGCCUAAAAGGGGACCUAAGCCAACACUGCCUAAACGGACUAUAUCAGUCCUAACUUCUCCCAGAUCUCCUGGUGUGAAUAUCCUGCCUGUUCGAUCUCAGUCUUUCGAUUACACGCAUGAUACUGGCUCGCCUGAAAUGUCAAGAAAGAACGUAGAUUUAGCGCAACAUAAAUGCGAAACUUUAGGCAGAAAGAGCGAAGGCUUGGCGAGUAUGAAAUGUGAAUAUAGAAAUGUGAUUCACACCCAGGCGGUCGUGCACACCCUGGGUGAAAACAUGCCUCAAGACACUGCUACGCAAACAUCAGAUAUUCAGUCGCCAACUGACUCUAUAGAAAACGGAAUUCUAGAUUCCCCACGGAGUAGUAGCAGCAAUAGUUCGCGUAGUUCUCGUGACAUGCGCGACGCUAGUACUCAAUUUAGCCGUAGAUUAGCGCAAGCCUUGGCAAAUAAUGAAGAAAUAGAUUCUAUAUCGCAAGGUGUGAAGGUCGUAAAAAGUCGUAGUCAAUCUCUUACUCGUAUCGUGCCAUCCACUAAACAUUCCCAAGUCCGUCGACCAAGUCUAACGGGGGUUACGGGGCAGCCGGCGUCACCGAGGCAAGGCAGGCCAAACCAAGGCAAGCAGCCUCUUACCUCCCUAGAACAGUUACUCUGCGCCAAGCUAGAAAUGGAAGGGAUUGACCUAACGCAGGAACCUUACACUGACACUUGUGGUUACUGUGGCAUUCCUGCCCCAUUGGUUCAACGCUAUGCUGAGGAGCUCCGGUCCAAUUUGAACGAGGUGGCCCAGAAUAUGGAGAAUAUACGGGUUAAGGAUGCCAAGGCUGCUGGGAUCACUACGGUUCCCAAUGACAAUCUUGCUGAAACAGCGUUGAACCCAGUCCAUGAUGCAAACACUGACUCUUUAAAUGAUCUGAUGACAUCCAUAGGACUUCCAAUGUAUACCGAUCUCUUACUCCAGCACGGCUGUAAAUCAGUCGAUGUAUUUAGAAACUUGCGCGACACAGACUUUAAGGCGUGCGGCGUAACCGACUCUAGUCAUAUUCGUAAAUUAGUUAGCGUGGCUGACCUGUUGAGAUUCCGAUACGAAGCAAAACUGCAGACGGGGAAAGUUGCAAAAGCAUCUAUGAUAAAAGAUAAAGUGUAGUCAGGUCAUUGGCCAACAGGGUGUUCCAAAAUAAACCGAUAGCUGGGAAGUUACAGUUAAUUUUGGAACAGAUUGUGGGCCGAUGACAGAUUUUCUUUCCAUACUGGGCUGUUCGUGGUGUGUGGGAUUAUGGGAAAGAGGGAACAGGGGGAACUGUACCAUGAAAGUGCACUUGACAUGUUCGUUUCUAUCUUACGUGAAGGACGUUGGCUCGUUGUCUCUCUUCUCGUGGAUUAUGGUAAUGAUUCACUAGACAAACAGCCCAGUAUGUUUGAAUCAUCUUUUUAAACAAUUUAAAAUUUUAUUUUCUGUAUGUGCCAUUUAGAAAUUUCUUGUCAUACGUUUAGGAGGAUACGAGGGCUAAUUGAUCGAUUCUAAAGAGUCAUGCCUUCCUCAAAACAAGGUCUUUAUUCCUGUGUUGUUCAACUGUAAUGCAUUGGGAUGAUAGCUUUUCCAGGAAACUUGGCAAUGUUCAUGACUAAAAGUUUGGCACAGAUCUGUUUAUAAUUUGAAGGGGGCACCAAGUGAAGAUAUUUGAAGAAUAUUAACACCAAGUGAAGAAUAUUAACAGUAUGUGUCAAAUUUUAGGAAUUGAUGUAAAAAAAUCAUGAUGAAAAUCAAUUUAAGCAAAUCUUUUCUGCAGUUGUGAAUAUUUCCAGUUAUAUAAGCUUUGUCCCAGAAUUGUUUUGAUACGCCAUCAUUUUCUAACCCAAGCAUAAGGUUGAGUUAGCAUAUUCAUUUGAACCGAAUUGCAGCUGGCAGUGGCCAUCGUGACUGACGCCUUCAGUUUUACUAUGCAUUUAUUUCAUGAAUCUGCCAUUGGUUUCCGUGUAUGAUUUCAUAUGGGUGUCACCCUUUAACAAGAAUGAGUUGACGUAUGCAGUUUAUUGCAAAUCCUUGUACCACAAGCUAAGCGGAGUACCUGGAAGUGGGGUCCCCCCCUUCCUGAUACCUUGCAAUUGACAUACCAUUGUGUCUUUGAUAUUGACUUCACGCAGAAAUGCAAUUGGCAGUCUCAGAGGAAUGUGUUUACCUAGUGGUGUAGUUUUGAUGUAAAGGGAUAUUGCAUGUAGGUAAAUUGGUACAUUCUGCAGCCUGGUUAUAGUAAAGCGUUGUAAUGAUAUGUCUUGGAUACGAAUUCAUUGAUUGAUACAGGGUUGGGUUUGUGUUAGUGUAAAAAGGUUCAAAUUAUGCAAUAAUUUAUUUUUAAUAUCUUCAUGUGUCAAAGACCAUAUUGUGUAUAGUUUCAUAGGGGCAAACAACUGUUUGCUUUAUUUUCAGUCAAUUCCUAUUUGAUAUUGGUCACCGCCAAAUCAGCUUUUCAUGGUUUUCAAUUAGUAUGGGGCGAUUCAUUUAUUUAGUACAUAGUUUCGGAUUUUUCAGUCCCCCCACACCUGUGUGGACCUAUGCGCAAAAUGGACCUAAAAUAUACAAUUCCUGGUUCCCUUGUUGCGUACAUGUACAUGUAUGUACUAAAUGAAUGACUAUUCUAUAUCUUACCUUCUGAUAGGCGAUUUUGGUCUUAUUGGGGCAGGAUACUGGUAGUUUGGUCCCUCUGGCUUCUUUAGGAGAGCCAAUCCACUCGGAUUGGUCAUAAUCUAUCAACCUUCUUGAGUGUACCUCUGCAAAGAUAUCUUGUUUUGCAAAAUAAUCUGAUGCAAAAUAGUCACUCUUAAGCUCUUUUAUAAAGACUUUAACGACAACUACCAAUGGAAUUUUGAAAAAAAGUAAUUUACCCUUUCCAUACAUACCUUAAUUCUUUAGUUCCCAUAGCCGUUUUUACCUGUCAUGGUUGACAACUACCAAUGGAAUUUUGAAAAAAAGUAAUUUACCCUUUCCAUACAUACCUUUAUUCUUUAGUUAACAUAGACGUUUUUACCUGUCAUGGUUCACAUUGUAUCAAUCUUGUGUGAAUGCUGAAUGGUUAAAAAGACAUUUAAAAAGUGAAGACAGUCCAUAAUCGUUCACAUGUACGGUUUGAAUGAAAUGCUUUCUCUGUGUGUCGUGAACAGGCUAAGUCAUGACACAAGGAAAUGUAUCAUCUUUGUAAACUCGGUCUAUAGGUGGGCGACAGGCCAUCCAGAAUAUUGGUGAAAGUUUCAUGUUUCGUGCAUGGGGUUGAUGUGUCUGUUUGGGAUUCUCAGUGCGCUUCCUUUUCUUUUGGUGCAGAGUCAGCUAUUUCGCUUGACUACAUGUCAGGUCUGCUUUUAUCUAGCUUUAUCUUUCGUAUUAUAAAUGCUGCUAAGUUCCUUCCAGAUUUUCCAUGUAAUGUAUUCAAGUUUUAGCACAAUUAACAUGGGCAUGGAUUGUGCUCUUAUUAAUUGAUUAUUCAAGACAGUCAUAUCUUACAGAAAGAUAGUGUGCGACAUGCUAAAAAGUCUCAUUCGAAUUUACAUAGACUUACCUAACACGUGUCGUUUCAAAAAUAACUUUGUCGAUGCAGGAAUCAUGAGCAUGUGUGACUUUCGAAGUUUUCCUUGUUCUACCUGUACAUUAAGCCUUUCCAGCUGUGAAGACUGGUUAUGACUUCCAGAUAUUUGCAAAGGGACUGAUUCAGAAGAACAUUUACUAGUUCUAGAUGAUAAAAUAUUUCGACUCUUUCACCAUGACUAGUGCUUUGUGAAAGGUUAGAAUCUAUCUUAUCCCCUUAACUCAAUGGUUACCCCUGUUGCUGAAAUUGAGUUAGUGCUGGCCAAGCAGUGACCUUAAUUAGUUAUAUGCCUUACCAUCUUAAAAUAUGACAGGUGGUAGUAGCCACUUCUGUAUGCUCCUCCCAGUUUGACAAAUGUUAUUUCUGUGUUGGUCCCUUUGAGAUAUCGAUCAAAUUCUUCCAUUUACUCCAAUUUCUUUUGUCAUAGGGUGGUAGUCUGCCUGUUUGUCCUUGCUUUGGUGUAUGCAUGGCAAUUCACGUUACAGUCAUGAAAAGUGAAUGGGAAACUCGGGGGUUGAAUUGAAGAGAUUGCUGUAAGCUUCCUACUCUACAGGGCAAGGGUGUAAUCAACAAUUUGUGCAUGACUCCGAGCUUCAAAUCAAGACGCAGCAUAAAAUAAUAAGCAACUGACUGUGUUUCUGAACUUUUUUUAUUGCUUAGUGAUCCUGGUUAUUCAUGAUUGUUUAACUGGUAAUGUGAUUUUAUCACAAUUGGAGAGGUCUGCAGAAACAUACCGUACUCAUCAUUUACACCAGAUGUCAUUCAUCCGUUGGAUGCACUUUAUCCUUACGGGCCUAUUCUUAUACUGUACCUUCCUCAUUUUAAAAAUUGGAUUGGAUUAACAGACAAACUGUACAUGUGUGGGAUUUUUCAGGCAACAUACAUCUUUAACAGUCACACCACAGAGUCAGACAACUAUGCUCCCUUGCAAAGAAUGAAAGGGAAAGUAUGAACCCAAACAGCCUAUUAUACCUGUUUUUAUUGUCAAGAUGAAAAUAUCCUAUUUGCAAAGUUGCACAGACCCUGAAAGAUGUUAGUUACAGACUUACCGGUACUCACUGUAAAUGGUAAAGAAUGGGCAGGUGCCGGAACCAUAUCUUUAGGAGGCUGAUUCCCUGUAUCUUUUGUCAUUCACCUUCUUCAGAUUAUGGAUGUAGUUUCCAUGUGUACAUGCAAAAUAUCAUACGAAAACAAUAAAUGUUGAAGAUAUCUUUAAA